AUGAAUGAGACACUUGAUAGUAGCAGCAACAAUCUCCUCUUUAAUCGUGAAUAUACUUCGAGGUCAAAUGUUGGGAGGCCAACAUUUAGUUUAAGGGACUCUAUGAAUAGGGAAUGUCUAGGAUCAUCCAAUGUUGUGCCAACAACUCAAAAACAAACAUCUUCUUCCGAGAGAGUUUAUGGAGCAACAUUUACUCCCUUCCCAACAAGAGAAAAUAUUCCUCCACGUUCCGAUGAUGCUGUCCUUAGAAAGAGUUAUACAUUUGAUGACAAGAUGAGUGGCUUCCGAGAAAAAAUCGACAAUAGUCACUAUAGCACAUCUUUGGGGUGGAAGAGAAGAGCCGAGAAGGAUGCAGAAUGUUGCAAGAACUGUCAUUUAUGUACUCAAACUCUUACAACAGAUAAAUGGGCCUUAACCAAACAAGAACGACAACUAAGGCCAGACUCAUCAACAAGAGAACCAAUGGAAGGUUAUUAUCCAAGUAAUGAUGGAAAGCAAUAUAGACCAUAUUCUCCAGACACAAAGUCAAUGAUGCAGAAAUUAGUUGGCUACAAGGAGAAUCCACAAGAUCCUUCAUUACCAAUGUAUAAAUCAGCUCAUUCACAUCAAACUCCAUCUGUGGAUUAUUAUAUGAAUCAACCAAAGAUUGAAACAAACUCUAGGCAAUCACAACCUAACACAUACCCUAAGAAUCCAAGUAAGAUGCAGCCUUAUAAUACAAAUACGAUCUAUCUAAGUAACAACCCCAUCUCAGUCAAAAGUGUGACACUAAAUACCAGAUACGAUCCAGCCUCAAGGUAUAAUCAAAAUCCAGAUGAGCCAAAUAAUUUCUUUCAAAGAGUUAGAAUGGGUAGAAUGUAUUCUGAUUCUACUCCUUGGGAAUACUAUUUACAUUAUAAUGAAGACGAUGAUGAAAAGAAGGACAUGUAUGAUAUGAUUAGACAAAGAUGUGCAGAAUAUGCCAAAAAUCAAACCAAAAAGGAAGAUAGAAAAAGUAGAAUAUGUAUGGAAACUUCAGAAUUUAAAAAUAUUGUGGAAAAGCUCACAAGAAAGGAAACUAGCUCAGUGGAGACACAGACAGCAAUCGAUGAAAAUAAUAAGGAAAAUGAAAACGAUUAUUCUAGAAAUGCAAUACAAUCGAAUAAUACAUCUGAUUCUACAAGAACUAAAAAGUCAGACAAACAAUCAGUCAAUCAACAAUCAAACAAUCAAUCAAAUGGUAAUGAAGAAGCAAAUAUUUAUCUUCAAAAUUCAUCUGAGCAAAAGAAAACAAAAUCUAAGCCAACUAAAAAGAAAGUAUCCAAUAAUUCUACGACUCUCUCAACAACCUCAACAACUUCAUCCAAAUCCUCUAAUAGUAGUGGCAGUUCAACAUCCAAUAGAGUACUCUCCAUAACAAAUGGUCCUCCUAGCACCAACAAUAGAGUUAUUGACGGUCUACCUGUUAACAGUCCUGCCAAAAAGCAAGAUACACCAAAAGGUGUACCUGGUUUUACGCCACCUAAAAAGUCAGAAGUUUUUAAUAAGAUUGUCACAAAUAUGACCUCCAAUAAUAAGAAAAAGGUGAACUCAAAGAAGAAAAAGAAGUCUCUAAAUAUUGAACCAAGGAAGAGUGUCUCUCAAAAUACUACCUCAACUUCAUCCUUCAUAAUAUCAGACAAGACCAAAUCAACAACAACCUCUCCCUCCAUAAUCAACAAACCUGACAAGAAAUUUAAAAAGACAAUGAAAAGAAUGGAAGAUACAAAGAAAAAGGCAGAGUGGCUGGAUAAGUACAUUGCCCUGCUUUCUAGUCCAGAAAAAUCAAGUGUUAAGAAGCGAUUGGAAAGCUCCAGCAGACACACCUCUCCAAAGAAAUCUGAAAGCUCACAAAUCACCUUGCAAACCUCUUCUGAUUGUGAAGAUAAUUCUACUCCAUACUCCAUUGACUUUGAUGAUGUUUACACUGGGUUGCCAUCAACAGUGUCAACAGCGAUAGCAACCUCAAAGUCUGUGCAAAAAUGCUUUGAUUCUGUUCUGAAUUACUUUGAAAAGUCUAAAUACAAAUCAGACUCGUCCACGGAAGAGGACAAUUUGGAUGAAGAAUUGGAUGAUAAUGUAAGCCUUUCAUCAAUGACAUCUGAAUUGGAAAUAUCUGUAAAAUAUAACAUUGGCAGCUACUCGAGUGAUGAAGAGGAUGAAGAACAACUUUCAAGUGACGAUGAGGAAUGUAGUUUAUUGAAUGAGUUUACUCCAAAUACUUCUUACCUUGUUGAUAAUAUGAACGAAACUUCAGCAAGCAUUUCAAUGGAUACCUCGCUGAACACUGUUUCGAUCGGUUCAGAACAAGAGUUUGAGUGUAGCUCUUUGGAUGAUAUUUCACGAGAUUUUAACAUUUCAAAUAUGUCAAUAUAA